AGGAUCAAAGCAGAUUCUUGCAACCCCAUGGCCUAGACUCCUGACCCAUAUCUCUCACAGUCACAGGUCACAGCGCCCGUCCCAUUCUUACCACCUCCAUUAUUGGUCUUUGUUUCCUCUGUCUCUUUUCUAUCUAAUUCUACUAAAUACUUAUCAACCCAUAAGUCUUGAGAUUCAAAUUCUCUACAUCCAUCGACUACAUUUGUACCCUUUUGGUUUGCCACUAUUGACAUCCAUUCUGCUUUACAAUACAGUGAUUCACCAGGUUUUGCUGACGGUGGAAUAUCAAUUACAACUUUUUCUUGGCCUUCUCUAGUUCACCAUAUUUACUUGCAGUUAGCUAGCAAUUAGCAAUGUUCGUUUUUUCCUACUUUGUUUUACGCUAACAUGGCUUGUCUCAAGGAUAAUGACUUCACUAUGUCACUGCCCAACAAAGAAAGCAUGAAGAGGACUUUCAAUCCCAAAAAAAAGAUGAACUUUCGUGUCACGAAUUAAAUGCCGAUCACAUCAUUUCCAAUGAAACUUUCCAGCAAUAAUAGAUAAAGAAAAGAUUUUGGUGUUAAGUGAUUUCUUUGGCAGGUGUUGGAACUUGGAAUUGCAGCUCUGUUCGAAUUCAGCUUCAAAUGGGUAGCGAGACUCCCUCCAUUCCAACAAAUGUUCCUCAAGAAACUUCCAAUUCAGAUGAGUAUUUUCUCCAGCACAGCUUAGUAUUUGCUGAAAGUCUCAAGGACUUAAAGAAUCUGAGGGUACAAUUAUAUUCAGCUGCAGAGUACUUUGAGUCGUCAUACGAGAAACAUGAAUAUAAGCAAUUAGUGGUAGAGACCCUAAAAGAUUAUGCCAGUAAAGCACUGAUUAGUACUGUGGAUCACUUGGGUUCUGUAGCCUACAAAGUUGGCAGUUUCCUGGAUAAAAAGGUCAAUGAAAUGUCUGCUACAAGGCUUCAGUUUUCUUGCCUUGAACAGAGAUUGAGAACGUGCCGAGGAUAUACUGACCGCAAUGGCCUUUUACAGCAGUCGCUGGUCAUCAAAACACCUAGACACUACAAGCAUUACACAGUUCCAGUUGCAGAUGGCAAAUUCACAAGGAAAUUCGACUCUAAGCAAGGGAAUGUUUGCUUUUUGAACCCCCAUGAUGAUAAGCCCUCGUCUAAGAAGCAAGCAGAUGAUUGUCGUCUUGAAAAAUUUCAAGGAGCAGUUGCAAAGCCCCGUCCAACAUUAAUGAGAGGACGCUCAGAGCCUCCUCCUAGCGAAUUAUCUCCAAGACCUCUGUCCUUUUCGUUUGUGAAGGUUACAUCAGAUAAGGAAGUAGGGAAACGAACGGCUUCACCGUUUCGCCUUCCACUUAAGCGCUCUGGAUCCGUUGCGAAUAGAUCAACUUCUCCAAACUCUUCUGCUGCUCAACAACGGUGCCCUUCUGAGACUCCAAGAGCAAGUUCAAUGUCUACGAAUCCGGACAGAAACAAAGGCAAAGAAAUCGAACUAUACUCGAGAAAAAGUAAACAUCCCUUCAGAGCAUUGUUAAGUAUUCAUCGGUCAAGAAAGCAGGCAGGGGGUGCCCGUACCACUGCCAUGCACAUUCAGGGAUGACAAAUAACAGAAGAGUAAAGCAACCUGGUUGGCUGUACGGCGUUGUGAGGAGGAUCACCCUUUUGGUCUUUUUCAGAGAACUCGGAAAUUGCAUGCUGUGUUGUGAUUGUUCAUCUGGGCAUCUUCUCUAUCAUAUGCCGCUGCCCUGAAUGAUACAAGUACGUACGUAGGACGUUUCGGGUCUCAUGCAAGUGUAUUAUUUAAGAUGCAAAUUACUACUACUGCUACUUGUUAUCUUUUACUAAAACUUAGAAAUUUGAUGGCUGGACAUUUUUUUCA